AGAAUAAACUGGUAGACCGUCAUCUUCGCUCUAUAUUCAUAUAUAUAUUUAAUAAACCAUAGCUAUCUAUCUCUUUUAAAUAUGAUCCUAAGUCUCUCCAUUUUUAUAUUAAUAUUUAAUUCCAUAUCUCUUUUAAAUGCUAAUGAAGAAAGUGAUACAAGAUACUUACUGUACGAUAUUAAUCCUGGGGAAGGAUUUAAUUUAAGGCGAGAUGUUUAUAUAAGAAUGGCAAAUAUGAUAAAAUUUUUAAAUGAGAAAGAAAAGUGGGUGUUAGUUCUUCCACCUUGGGGUCGUCUAUAUCAUUGGCAAACUUCUGGCAUUAAAAGUAGUAGAAUUCCUUGGAAAACUUUCUUUGAUGUGCAAAGUUUAAAAGAUUCUAAGCCUAAAAUUGAACAAAUAUAUUAUUUGCAACGAUAUAAGGAAGGUUGGUCGGGAGGUCGUUGGGAAGAAAAAAUAGAUGUUAGAGAUUGUUUAGAUCCAACAGGCUUUGAAAAGAUAGACGGUAAAUGGAAGUGGAGUUUUUUUGGUUAUUCUGAAAAAAUAUACGGUGAAAAAUUUGAUUGUUUAUCGGUUCAAGCCGAAAUAGCCACUAUGAAAAAGUUUCUUUUAAAUGAAAAAGCUAGGUCAAUUUUCCUUCUUCACGCUGAAGAAUUAAUUCACGGUCGAUUUUCGGAAUGGAGUAGAGAAUGGUGGACUGCAAGAAGAAGUAUGAGAUUUUCCAAGGAACUAGUCAACACAGCUAACUCAUUCAGGAAGGAAAAGCUACAAUCAACAGACGACAGCGAUAAAACUAUACAAGAUCCUGAUUGGACUAAACAAGUGAAAAAACCCGGUGAAGCUAUAGGAGGACCGUACGUUGCAGUUCACUUAAGGAGGAGGGAUUUUUUAUACGGUCACAAAGAUGAUGUUCCGUCAAUUCAAUGGGCUGCUCAUCAACUUCGAAAAAUUCUAGUUGAUAAAGAUCUAAUGAAAUUGUUUGUAGCUACUGACGCUCCGGACAAUGAGUACAGAGAACUCGUUGAAAGUCUUCCAGAUUUUGAAGUAUAUAGAUACAUACCAACUCAAGAGGAGCUCGAAAAAUUUACGGACGGAGGAAUAGCAAUUAUUGAUCAACUAAUAUGUGUUCAUGCCAGAUUCUUUAUUGGCACAAAUUUAUCUACAUUCUCUUUUCGAAUACACGAAGAGCGUCAAAUUUUAGGUUUUGAUGCGAAAACUACGUACAACGUUGUUUGUGGAACAGGAAAGGACGUUUGCGAACAGCCGUCAAUUUGGCCCGUUAUGUAUUAA